AAAUGCAAGGAACUCGUCUUCUGCACGGGAGGGAAACAAGGAAAAUUCAAAUCCUCCCGAGCAAAACCCUUCAUCUCACUGCUCUGAAAUUGAACAAAUUCUCCCUGUUAUUAGUUUUCACUGAAUCGAUUAAUGAGAAUUUGGAAACAGCCAUGGCUUCGAGCGAUGAAGAAGGAAGAAAAGAAACCUGCAAAAUGCCAUGCACAGGGGAAUGGAGUCUAGAAGCAGUGGAUUCACUGCUCCAGGCCUAUGGCCAGAAAUAUGCAUUAGGACGAGGGUUUCUUCGAAACAAAGACUGGGAGGACGUUAUGGCCUUAGUGAAUUCGCGCUGCAGUGAUCCGCGCUUUCGGAAAACGAUGAAGCAGUGCAGAGACAAAGUCGACAGCCUGAAAAAACGCUACAAGGUCGAAAAGCGAAAGGCUGUUGACACAGGCUUUACUGCAACUUCUUGGCGUUAUUUUCAUCAGAUGGACGAUAUUAUGUGUAGAAAUCAUAUCAAAGAUACCAGUUUGAGCCCCUCUGCGGGGGCAGAGAGCUCUGCGGACAGAAAAAUGGAGUCGCUAGGGUUAGAAUUAGGGUUAGGGUUAGGGCCAAAGAAACGGAGCAGGGAUGAGAUGAGUUGUGACCCGAUGGAAGCGCUUGCGGAGGCCAUUGUAGGAUUUUCCAAUGUUUAUGCGCGGAUGGAGAUUGCUAAGAUGGACAUCUUGUCUAACAUGAAUGUUCAGCUUGCGAGGCUUGUGAGGAGAAAGAGGAGGAAUGCUUGUCACAGUAGUAAUGAUGAUGAGUAGUAAUUCAUUCUGUUAAAUGAGUAUUUGAGUUUUUUUGAAAAAUUCAUAACUUAGUUAUUGCUUCUACAAUGCUCUUGACUAGCAUUAAAUUUGGGUUUCGUUUUGAGUAAUUAUAUCCAUCUAUGGGAUUUCUUCAAUUCUGGUUUACCCUCACACAGAGGAAUGAAUCACGAUUUCGCCACCUGAUAAUAGUUUACCUUGAGAUUUGGAGGACUGGUAUGCAUAUAAAUUGAUGGUCUUUCAAAUUGAUGUUGUAUGCAUAUAAUUGAUGCUCUUUCAACUUGAGUCGUGGAAGUUAAUAGGAUUAACCAGUUUGAAUCAUGAAAUUUUCAGUUUAUAAUAUAUAU